UCAUCUUAUCAAAUACAUAAAAGUUUAUUAAAUUCAUCAGAAAUGAUCAUUAUUGUCUAUGAAAUCAGUUUUAAAUCUUAUUUCUACACAAGAUUUAUCAAAAAAAUUUGGAAGAAACACUUAAUUAUUUUAAAUCAACAUUCAAUGUACACAAAAGGUAACUUCUUUUAAAUAGUAAAUAUUUAUUGGUUAAGCUAAAACCUUUAGGAUAUUGUAUUGUGUCUGAAACUUGUCUACGGAUAACACUUUAGAUGGAAAUAUUAUAAUGAAGGUUUCUGAAAGGGUCUUUCCUAGAGAAGGAAAAUUUCAAUAUAAGAAUGUCAUAGUAACAGAAAAACUGAUUUUACGAAUAUCGAUGAUCUUAACGAGAGUAGUUUUGUUGUGAAAGUGUCAGAUCUUUUGAUUCGGUUCUAUCUUGAAAUUCGAAUAUUAAAUCAGUUAGUUGACGUGAGCGAUCUGGAAGACACGCUAUCAAUUCGAAAUUUGAAAAUCAUUUUUUUUGUUACCACAACAUUCAUUUAAAAAUAUUCUUUUAACUUAGUUUUUAUUAAAUCUUCAAAUGUUUCUUCACAAGUAUCAUUAAAUAAUUCUUUAACUUAUAUUCAUACAAUAAGUAUUCGACAAUCGAUAAUUUAUUGUAUUUGGUUCAUGUUAUGCAUCAAGUAUAAAUAGUGAUCAAUCCAUAGAAAAUAGUGCAAUACAAGAGUAAAAUAAACCAAAAAAAAACGAAUUUGAUUUAUUCUGUCUGUUUUUUUGUUCUCUAUUUUAUAGUUUUUAUUAAACUAAAAAACUAGUCUUAAAAAAUAUGUUAAUACAAAUGAAAGUGAUUUUCAAGCUGCUGUACUCGAUUUACUUGUUCAAUUACUUUUAAUUCGUGUUAAUAAUAGUUAAUUAGAAGCUGAUGAAAUUCGUUGCAUUUCUACUCGUUUCGUUUAUUUUUAAAUAGCAUUUUAUUUAUUGUAUUGCUGAAUUUCUUGUUAUGUUAUCACAUGAUACACUUCAUUCAAAAUAAGUUAUUAAAGUACAAGAUUUAAUAAAACAUUAUGAUUCAUUAUUAGCAAGUAGACAUGAACCUGAAACACAUGGUAGGAAGCAAUAAGAAACAUUUUUGAGAAAAUGAAAUCAUCAUUAAAAUUAUUUAUUUAGCUUUGACAGCAUUAGAGCCAGUUUUAUAUGAUUUUAUUUCUUGUUCGAGUUAUGCGAAUAAUUAAAAUUCCUAAAACGUUUUAUUAAAUGAGAGAGUGUGAGUGUGAGUGUAUAGAUGUAAUUUUUCUCCUCGAUUGAAUUCACACCCACACUUCAACGAAUCGAUGAUCUGAAAAUAAUCAUCUUGUUGAUGGCCAGAACUCAACAAGAUUUAGAGACAGUAAUCUUCAGUUAUGUAUUUGAGUUUGAAGGAAAACUAGGCGUCUUAAUUAUUAUAAAUAAAAGUAUCUUUUCAUGUCAUGUGUAUGAACUGAAAAAAUAAUAAUAGAAUUUAUAUUGUUAUAGGAUUUACGAUUGUUAACAGUUAUUGUUAAUAGUGUUCAAAUUGAAGAUGAUAAAUGGAAACGUCUUUCACAACAAAUAAUCGAUGUACUUCUUGCUCAUUUGCAAUCUCAGGAUCAAUCACUUUUGGAUAUUUAUUCCACACAAUUAAUACUAUUUGAUGUUGUGUCAUCAGUUGCAUUACGAUCAAUUGAUCCAUUUGUUGUUGCUUUUCGAGCAAUAAAUGUCAAUUGUCAAUCUACAAAUCGAUAG